AACCCCUCGCGACAUGCUCAGCGAGCGACAUGCCGUAAGUGAGUUUACACGGAAGUUCACCCGUUAGCAUGGAAAUGGUCCACGGCAGCUGCUCCGACCGUUGAGGAAAGUUGUUUUGAAUUGCGCUCCGUUCAAAGUGUGUGAAAACAACUCCGUCGGAUUAAACAGAUUAUCUCAUCCGAGUGAGCCGCUGCGAUGGCGUCGCCGCUGGAGAUGACGGAGAUGUACGACAACGCGCUGCUGGGGAUCCUGCAGCAUGUUGGCAACAUACAGCACUUUCUGCACGUCUAUUUUGGGUUUCUCUACCGCAAGACGGACUUCUACCGGCUGCUGACGAGCCCCACCGACUCGAUGGGGUUUCCCCCCGGCGUGGCGGAGAAGAUGGUGCUGAAGACGUUCCGGCGGUUCGAGCAGCUGGCGCAGCAGGACCGGGCCAGGCAGCUGGGUGAGGCGGCGCAGAGAGACGACAGCAGAGCCGCUCCCCCUGCGGUCCAAGAGGUGGAGGUCAAGUCUGAGCCGCAGAGGGACACCGCUGAGCAGCACCCAGAGGCAGCCCAGGUGGAGAGCCCUCCCUCGGGUGCUGGAGAGUCCUCUGAAGCAGCCCCCAGCACCGAGCCUGAUUCCGGCAGCGGCGGCGCAGCCCACCCGCCUGAGGGAGCGCAGGCAGCGGCGUCCGGCACUAACUCAGCCCCGGCGGGCGAGCAGCAGCACUUCCAGGCUGACCCGGACAGCUACAACGGGGCGGUGCGGGACAACUACAGCUGGUCCCAGGACUACACAGACGUGGAGGUCCGCGUGACUGUCCCCAAAACCGUGGUCAAGGGCGCACAGGUGUGUGUGAGCCUGCAGACCAGCGGCGUGCGCGUGUGUGUGAGGGAGGGCGCGGGGGAGACGGUGCUGCUGGAGGGAGAGUUCUCACACAAGAUCAACACCGAGGACUCUCUGUGGAGCCUGGAGCCCGGCCGCUGCGUGGUGUUGUCCCUCGCCAAGAGCAGCGAGGUGUGGUGGAGCGCCGUGCUCAAAGGGGAGAAGGAGAUCGACAUCAACAAGAUCAACCGGGAGCGCUCCAUGGCCACGGUGGACGAGGAGGAGCACGCCGUGUUGGACAGGCUCACCUUCGACUACCACCAGAAGCUGCAGGGCAAGCCGCAGAGCCACGAGAUGAAGGUGCAUGAGAUGCUGAAGAAGGGCUGGGACGCUGAGGGCUCCCCGUUCAAAGGGCAGCAGUUUGACCCCUCCAUGUUUGACAUCCCGCCCGGCGCCGUGCAGUUCUGAGGCACACUCACACCCCAAAUACAGAGUGAUUACAUUUGCAAGGUUUUGGUUGACUUUCACAGUAAUUAUAGAGGAAACAAACGAAGCCACCAAUGUGGAUUUGUGUGAGGAAACUUUAAGAGGAGAAUGUUAUUUGGAAAAACAAAGAAGAAACAUUUCCUCUUAUGCCUAGGGAGUACUAAAAUGGAUAGAUGUUUUGUAGCCAUUUUUUUCUGUUAUUACUUGUUCAUAUGUCCAGUGCCUGCUUCUGUGUUUGCCCCCACUUAGUGAUUCAUCAUCACUAUUGAUUUGAUUUUUGCUUCUUCUUCCACUGAUGCCUGUAAUUGUUGAUCAUUUAUUCAUGCACCAUCCAUUCUCACUACUGAUGGCAUCGUUUUUGACCUGAAACGUUGGUGCAAAGACCGGGCUUCUUUAAUCUUCUCUUAUAUUUUGAGGUGUUGGCUGAUCAGCAGUAGGUUUUUUUUCCACUACUAUGGCUUUCUCUUAUCAAUGGGUGUGCUGUGUAUUCCUGAAAGUAUUAAAAUAUUAAUAAAUAAAUAAAAUAAAAAGCUUUUCUUUUUCAUAAUGUC